AAAAGCAUUCGCACAAAAUUUAUCCACCCGUUGCGCCUAGAAAGGAACUCCUCCGCAGGACUGCAGGAGUUCGGAGCUUCCGACACUCCCGUAGAAGUGUAGAACCGAUCGACCGCCCCCGGUCCACCCCUUGCGGUUCCGAGCGCUACUCUACUCGGCGGCGGAGCGAGGAAAUCGAUGGUCGCCGCCGCCGCCGCCGCAUUCCAUCCCCAUCCCCUCUCCAUCUCCAUCUCCGCUCCUCUCUCCUCCUCUCCUUUUACCCCACCCUUUCUCUCCUUUCCUCUUCCGAGAUCCGACCCCGCUCUUAAAAUCGCCCCGAAUCGACGUCUCCCUCUCCCCCACGCAGCAACGAUUUCGCCCGCGAGCGGACGUGAAGGCGCAUUCGAUCCGGAGCUGAGGUUAGUGCUUGAACUGGCAACCGAUGCCGAGUUGCUGGAGCUCGAAAACAUUCUUUUCGGGCCCAGCUACUUCAGCCCCUUGCUCAAAUCAGUCGCGACUCGGCCGGAUGCUGAUUAUGUUCUGGACAUCGACGAUUUCGAGGAGCGGCAAAUCUUUAUAGAGCAUUUAGAGUCGAGAUUCUUGUAUCUUGCAGCUGAUGCCCGUGCAGUGUUGCGGGGAUGGAGGCCUUCGUACAGGAGUGUCUUACUCGGUGUGAGAAGAAAGCUCGCCGUCCCUUGCUCCGGCAAAUUGUCGACGGAAGACCUCGAAGUAGAAAUUUUCCUUCACCUAUUGAAGGAAUAUUCAAGUGAGGAGAGAGGUGCAAUUUCAUUUCCGUGGAGCGACAAAAAACCUUCAACAAAUGAUGCCAAUCUUGAAGUUGGGCUCAGCAAGUGGAAGGUUUUAUCAGAUGCAGCUUUGAAGGUUGGGGCAAAAGAGCUCCAGAAAAUAUUUUUGAAGGGUGGAGGCAUGCUGACUCUGGAGAAGAUUUAUCAGUUGUUAGCUAAGAAACUCACUGGAAAGAUGCUGCUUGAGGCUGCCAACUACGAGAUAAGAAAUGAACUCAUUAAACGGGGUGGACAGUUGGCUGCUAUCAACCUGGAGUCCAGGGCAGGUCUACUUGCAGCUAGACAGAGCUUGGCACAUGCAGCAUCAAGAUAUCUUGGCCUUAGGAGUAUCAUGAUGCUUAUUGGACCAGUAAUGUGGGGGACAUUUUUGGCUGAUGUUGUGAUUCAAAUGCUUGGGACAGAUUAUGCUCGUAUUUUACGUGCAAUUUAUGCCUUUGCUCAGAUUCGGCUUACUCGAACAUAUGGCUGGGCAUCUAACAAGGAUUGAUGGUGCUGAGGACUCCCUUUUAUCGGAUAAAAAAUAUCCUCUGAGCGAAGAUAAGAAAUCAAUCCGCUUAAGAGAUGGAAUCGAACUAAUCUACUUUGUGCAUGCUCGGUUUUGUUUAAGACGUAGAUCUGUUAUUGUACAGUUUCUUUUACCUCUCUUCUUUAUUUUUACUAAGCUGUAAAUUACGUAAUGUGUUGCUUAAAAUUUUGUCACUUUUGAUGUAUGACAAAAUACUGGUACGAGCUUUUCCCUUCAAAUGAAAUGCUACCAAACAGAUCAUGUUGGAGAGUUU